GAAUUUGAUACCGCAAUUUGGCUGUUCGCAAUUGCUGUCCUAGGCGCUCUUUCCCUGUCUAGCUUGCUGGUCCGCGCUUGCCACAUCAGGGUCUCACUCUCACUCUCACUCUCAUUCUCGCCGUGCUCGGUUCCAAAUACCACGCCUACUUCCCUUUGCCCAACGCAAUAUUACUCACCAACCUUUCUCGGCUUUCACUGACAGCCCGUUGCCCAUCCAGCAUUUCUGCACGUGGCCGCGGUGGAGCAAUGCGUCAAGGCCCAGAUUCCUGUCGCGGUCGAGGUCGAGGUCGAGGUCGAGGUCGAGGAGCACCGCCACCGCCGUUUCCCGAAGCCUCCAGGCCAGGACAGUUUUUUCCAUCGCCGGUAAACUUAUCUAGUUCGUCGCAGCUGUCUUCCCCUUCAGGUACCCAAGCUCGCAACAUCAACCACAGCUCAACUGCUAGACCGACAACCAUGGCUGAAGCACCGCUGCCCACCUGGGGGUCUCUCACUAGAAGCGGCAUUGUGACCGUGGAAGUUGGUACAGACCGUAGACCGUAUUGUAUUUACCAGGAGCUGCUCACCCACCAUUCUGAAUACUUUCGCAAAGCAUUGAAUGGACCCUGGAAGGAAGCAGAGGAGCGCAAGCUACAGCUAGAAGAUGUAGAGGUUGUCGAAUUUAACAUAUUCGUACAUUGGCUGCAUGGUCAGACCCUACCAGCAGAUGAUGCUGUUGCUUGGCAACAAAUCACCGAAAGCAAGGACACCCUAAAGGGCACGCGCUUUCUGCAUCUGAUCAGAGCGUACGUUCUCGGAGACAGACUCCUUUCAUUAUCAUUUCGCCGCUCGAUCAUCAGCGCCAUCUGGGAGGACUCUUCUCUGAGAGAUUUGAGCCCAUGUAACACGGACUAUCUCAACAUGGUGCAUUGUGCAUUCGCACGUAUUCCAGCGAAUCGACCCAUCUUGCAGUUGCUCAUCGACUACUUCUGUCUUAGCUGGAGGGAAAAGGAUGAACAGAGUAACUAUUAUCUACAGCUGCUUCCGCCCGAUUUCACUGUUCGCGUGUUGAGGACGUUCGUGCAAUUUCGCAGCAAGUCCAGGACUCCUUUGUUAUUAUGCUGUUACGAUGAGCAUGCGAACGAAGACGAGAAGAAUGGGUGUGAUAAGGCCCACAUGAUCUGGGACGAGAAGCGAGUCUGUGGGUAUUUUCCUACGUAGGGUCUCAACGGCCGACUGGUGUUCCGAUGGACUUCGGACGCUCGUUCGUAGGAUCAAAGGUAGUUUGCUUUCGUGUCAAUUACGGCCAGUCACGGGAAACUUCUUCUUGCCCAGCUCUCGCUUGCACCCGCUUCACUUUGCCUUGGUUCUCAUCUGCAUUUCACUUUUGAC